AUGGACACCAACCCCGACAAGGUCAACCUCGCCCAGGGCACGUAUCGCGACGAGGACGGGCAGCCGUGGAUUCUGCCGUCGGUGCGGCUGGCCGAGGAAUCUCUUGGGACGCCCGGGCACGAGUACCUCCCCAUCGCGGGACUGAAGCCCUUCCGGGACGAGGCCGUCAAGCUCGUCUUCGGCGCCACCAAGGCGUAUGCAGAGAACCGGAUCGCGUCGUGCCAGUCGCUCUCGGGCACCGGCGCCCUCCUCUUCGCCGGGCUCGCACUGAAGAAAGCCGCCACGGGGAUCACGACCGUCUACAUCACCGACCCGACGUGGUCCAACCACGAGCUCCUCUUCAGCUCGCUUGGCUUCGAGGUGCGGCAGCUGCCCUACUACAAGGACCGCGCGUUCGACUUUGACGGCUGCAUGGCGGCCCUCGCGUCCGCCGACGCCGCCUCCGCCGUCGUCCUGCACGCCUGCGCGCACAACCACACGGGCUGCGACCCCUCGCCGGAGCAGUGGAAGCGGAUCGCCUCCGUCAUCGUCGAGCGGGGCGCUUUCCCCGUCUUCGACUCGGCGUACCUCGGCUUCAACUCGGGCUCGGUCGACGAUGACGCGUGGGCGAUCCGGUACUUCGUCGACGAGCUCGGCCUCGAGGCGGCCGUGUGCCUCUCGUUCGCCAAGAACAUGGGCCUGUACGGCGAGCGCGUGGGCGCCGUGACGUUCGUCGCGGGCUCCGCGGACGGGGCCAGGACCGUGGGCUCCGUCUUGGAGAACGUGCAGAGGGCGACCGUGUCCAACCCUCCGGCUCACGGCGCGCGCAUCGCCGCCGCCGUGCUGGGCACCCCUUCGAUCAGGGAGCAGUGGGCCAAGGAUCUCGUCACCAUGUCCGGACGCAUCCGGGCCAUGAGGCAGAAGCUCUACGACGAGCUGGUCCGGCUGCAGACGCCAGGGGCCUGGUCCCAUAUCGUCAAGCAGAGCGGCAUGUUUGGGUACACGGGCAUUAGCAAGUCUCAGGUCCAACAUCUCGAAGAAAAAUAUCAUGUCUAUAUGGCCGAUACAUUACGAAUCUCAAUCGCGGGGCUCAAUGAGAAGAACGUCGAGUACUUUGCAAAGGCACUCGACGAUACAGUCCGGAGUGUGGAAUGA